CCGGUCGAAUGUUGAAAAAAGCUGGUAAGGAUAUUCCAACGAAGUCCGGGACAAAAACAAAUCCUAAAUCUCAAAAAGAGGUUCCCGGUCAAAUGUUGGACAAAGCUAGUAAGGAAAUUCCAACGACGUCCGGGACAAAAUCUCAAAUUAUGAUGCGUCUUGAGAAAAUGGUGGAAGAGUCAGAUAUUAUGCACGGCGCCAUCCGUAGUGUAGAUAUGGAUGAAGGUGUUUUCGGAAUUGCUCAUUCCGAAUUAAUUGCAAAGGAGGACAUGCAACAACUUUUUGAACACGAAGAAUUGGGCAUCAUUUUGUCCAAGCUUAAUAAAGCAAUUGUUUCUCUUUCAUGUCCUCAUACUCAUGAUGACGAGUUUCCAUUGCACCACCUAGAAAGUCUUCUAAUUGUGGAUAUGAAGUUGGUAUCAUCACUAAAAUAA